GGCUUCAUCCGCUUGGACAUGUCGGAGUUUCAGGAGAGACACGAGGUGGCCAAGUUCAUAGGCUCCCCGCCAGGCUACAUUGGUCAUGACGAAGGGGGGCAGCUCACCAAGAAGCUGAAGCAGUGCCCCAACGCCGUGGUCCUCUUUGAUGAGGUGGACAAGGCCCACCCCGAUGUCCUGACCGUCAUGCUGCAGCUCUUCGAUGAAGGCCGGCUGACGGACGGGAAGGGGAAGACCAUCGACUGCAAGGACGCCAUCUUCAUCAUGACCUCCAACGUGGCCAGCGACGAGAUCGCGCAGCACGCCUUGGAGCUGCGGGAGGACGCCAUGGAGCUCAGCCGCAAGAGGAUCGCCGAGAAGCUGGGUGGAGCGCCGGGUGGUGAACCAGCUUGCCGCCGCGUACGAGCAGGACCUCCUUCCCCACGGCUGCACCCUGAGGAUCGCGGUGGACGAUUCGGACAAGCAGCUGCUGAAGGCCCGAGGCCAGGACGGCUCCUUGCCCACCACCGAGGGCCAGCGGAGAGGGCCCUCGCUGCGCCUGGAGAUCCUGGAGGACAGCAAAAGCCGGAAGCUGGACAUCCAGGCGCCGCUGAUCCCUGACGAAGUCUCCUACCCCUCCUAGGCCCUCAGUGCCCCGGGGCAGCGCCUGGCAGAAGAAGAAUUGGCAAUAAAGCAGUUGUAAGACAUGGAUAGAUGUCCGUGGAGAGGCAGCUUUCUCUGGUGGGCAGCAGGAAGGGCAGCUCUCCACCCUCCAGACAGCGGCUGGGUGUGUGGGAGUGGUAGUCCAGGUCAGCCGGAGGGGGUCAGAAGGAGGAGGGUCCCAGGAAGUGGGGGGCUUAGAACCCAGGGGAAGCAUCAAUCCGGUGUCCUUAUCAUGUCUCAGGUAGUUGGGGGGGGUUCCUUCUCCCAUCAUCCAGCAACCCGCCCAGGUUGAG